CCCCAGACAUGAACCUGGUGCUCCUGGCCUUCAGGCUGAUGUGCCUGGCCUGGCUGUGGCCUGUCACGCUGCUCAACGGCAGCCACCAACCCAACAAGAGGAGGCACAAGGACGUGUACCUUGGGGAGAACAGCAAGAACCAACAUGGAGGGUGAGCCAGAGUCUGAGGGUGCGGCCCCACUGGAGUUGUUGUUUCAUGUUCUUGUCAAGGGUUCUGUUUGCUUAUCUGUUCUGUUUGGUUUGAAGCCGGUUUGUGUAUAGUUCUGGUAGAAAGGUUACAUUUGGUACACACACCACAGGAUGUUACUGUUCUGUUGAUCUGUUGUCUGAUUGAUAUGGUUAAAAGGUUAUUUUUUGGGGAGAUGUAUUGUUCAUCACAGAACGCUAUUCAUGGAUUGAAUGUAUCAAUCUAAUCUCUAUGAAUUUUUUAAAAUAUUGAUGGUGAAUUUACCAUGGUAGCAUGAAUUAUCUCCAAUGUGUGCUGGGACAGAUGUCAUUACUGCAGUGCAUUGUGGAUAAAGGCCAGGGCAGGUGAGGUUACCACAGGGGCUUAGAGGUAAUGUCUGGGAAGCUGUGUUUUGGUGGUGACAUAUUGUAAGAGAAAAGCAGUAGUUUGUGGGUAAUGAUAGGGGGAGUUUUGUUAAUAAGGGGGAUGACUGUACGCUUGAAUAUCAUUUCUAAUAAUAGGGGAGUUGAUUGUUUUUGGGUGGUAUGGGAAUGAUUUGUUAGAGCAGACAUGUUUAUGUAUUUUGAAAAUGAAAAUAUAAGUUUACUGAAGUUUAUCGUAUGAUGCUAUUUAGAAACAUUGCAAGUGAUGAUGCAGGAUGUGUUGUCAACCAAAUUGGAGUUAUUCAUUAUGUCCUUUGACCCAGACUAACUCUGGGAAGUCUAUAUAAUCCCCCAGGACCAAUUAUUGAACCAUAAUAGCACUGAUUCGGUUUGCUGCUGAAUCAUUAGUGAAGAGCUCUCACAUCAUGUAUACUCUUACUUUGAAUCAGAUGGUUAAAGUGCAAUUAAUUAUUCUAAACAGCAAACACCCCAGAGCAGAUGUUGCUUCCUUAAGUGUGUGUGUGUGUUUGUGUGUGUGUGUGUGUGUGUGUGUGUGUGUGUGUGUGUGUGUGUGUGCCAGUGCGCGUGCCAGUUGGUGUGUGUGUGUAUUUCUUAGGAAAUAAAACAUCCGAUAUGCUGAUCUGUGUCCUCUUUUCUCCUCAGACGAAUAGACUUUAAGAUGAAAAAGUCCGACAGCACCAAGUCCCUGCUAAUUAAAUCUGAACAGCUGCUCCGUAUCGAGGACCAUGACUUUGCAAUGCGGCCUGGCUUUGGAGGUAAGACCACCCACCCAAUAUCCUUUAGCCUGGUGGGUUGAACUACGAUAAUGUGCAGUUUGGAUGUGACUGUGUGUGUGUGUGCUUUUUCCCACCACGUCAAAUCAUAAUCAAUUUUGAUUUGUCACAUAUGCGUGUUUAGCAGAUGUUAUUGCGGGUGUAGCGAAAUGCUUGUGCUUCUAGCUUCGACAGUCCAGUAAUGUCUAACAAGUAAUAUCUAACAAUUUCACAACAAAUACCCUAUACACAAAAAUCUAGUAAGGAAUGGAAUUUAAGAAUAUAUACAUAUAUACAUAUAUGGACAAGCAAUGAAAGAGCGGCAUGGACUAAGAUACAGUAGAAUAUUAUAGAAUACAGUAUAUACAUAUGAGAUGAGUACAUUUACAUUUACAUUUACGUCAUUUAGCAGACGCUCUUAUCCAGAGCGACUUACAGUUGUGAAUACCUUUUUUUUUGUGUUUUUUUUGUUUCUUUUUUUGUUUCUUUUUUAUACUGGCCCUCCAUGGGAAACAUUAAACAUUAUUAAAGUGACUAGUGUUCCAUUUCUUAAAGUGGCCAGUGAUUUCAAUAGACAGCAGCAGCCUCUAAUGUGCUAGUGAUGGCUAUUUAACAGUCUGAUGGCUUUGAGAUAGAAGCUGUUUUUCAUUCUCUCGGUCCCAGCUUUGAUGCAUCUGUACUGACCUCACCUUCUGGAUGAUAGCAGGGUGAACAGGCAGUGGCUCGGGUGGUUGAUGUCCUUGAUGAUCUUUUUGGCCUUCCUGUGACAUUGGGUGCUGUAGGUGUCCUGGAGGGCGGGUAGUUUGCCCCCGGUAAUGUGUUCGGCGGACAGCACCACCCUCUGGAGAGCCCUGCGGUUUCGGCCGGUGCAGUUGCCGUACCAGGCGGUGAUACAGCCCAACAGGAUGCUCUCAAUUGUGCAUCUGUAAAAGUUUGUGAGGGUUUUAGGUGCCAAGCCAAGCCACAUUUCUUCAGCCUCCUGAGGUUGAAGAGGCUCUGUUGCGCCUUCUUCACCAUACUAUCCACGUAGGUGGACCAUUUCAGUUUGUCAGUGAUGUGUACGCCAAGGAACUUGAAGCUUUCCACCUUCUCCACUGCGGUCCUGUCGAUGUGGAUAGGGGGGUGCACCCUCUGCUGUUUCCUGAAGUCCACGAUCAUCUCCUUUGUUUUUUUUAUGUUGAGUGAGUGGUUAUUUUCCUGGCACCACACUCCCAGAGCCCUCACCUCCUCCCUGUAGGCUGUCUCAUCAUUGUUGGUAAUCAAGUCUACUACUGUUGUGUCAUCUGCAAACUUGAUGAUUGAGAUGGAGGCGUGCUUGGCCACGCAGUCAUUGGUGAACAGGGAGUACAGGAGGGGGCUGAGCACGCACCCUUGUGGGGCCCCAGUGUUGAGGAUCAGUGAAGUGGAGAUGUUGUUUCCUACAUUCACCACCUGUGGGCGACCCGUCAGGAAGUCCAGGACCAAGAUGCACAAGGCGGGGUUCAUGUCUCUAUACUGAUGUUUUGCCAGUUUAAUUGCCUUGCGGAGUGAGUAGCUACAGUGUUUGUAUUCUGCCAUAUUCCUAGUCACCUUGCCAUGGUUAAAUGCGAUAGUUUGCGCUUUCAAUUUUGCGCGAAUGCUGCCAUCUAUUCACGGUUUCUGGGUUGGACUCAUUAAUUAAGCCUGAAUGGGGAAAAUCAAGGGUCAUUUGAGAGAGGGAAGAGGGAAGAGCAAGAGAGGAAGGGGGGUAAUAGAGCUUUACUUACAGUAAUUUGUUACAGAUGUAGAAUUAUAGAUAGUCCAUGACGUGCCACAGAGUUUAGGUUUUGUAAGAGGCAGCAUUGACGCUAGCUUGUAUGCUCUCUCCUGGAGCAGAAUAUAGGUUAUAGUGUCAUCUUUGAUAACACCCCAUCCCCAGAAAAGCUCACUGACCCAGAUUGUCUGCAGAGCCUAGCAGACAAUGACAGCCUGCGGCCGAGUACACAGAUGUGUUUUUAGAACUAUUGUAAUCUGGAUUAUAGGCCACGCUUUCUGAAACAAUACCAAAUGUUGCAUCUUACUGGAAAGUCCAGGGCAGCAAAGAGUUCCAUGCAUACAGUACAACAGCAGUAUGUUCACUAGGUGAUGAUCAGACAGUAUUAUAUUUAAGCAAUAAGGCCCGAGGGGUUGUGGUAUAUGGCCAAUAUACCACGGCUAAGGGCUGUUCUUAAGCACGAUGCAACGCGGAGUGCCUGGAUUUUGUAUUUGUAUGUAUUAAGGAUCCCCAUUAGCUGCUGCCAAGGCAAGCAUCUACUCUUCCUGGGGUCCAGCAACAUUAAGGCAAUUAUAUACAAUUCAAAAUAUUACGUGACAUUCCAUUUCAUUACACUUUUCACAACACAUUAAGUGUGUGCCCUCAGGUCACUACUCUACUGGAUACAGCCCUUAGCCGUGGUAUAUUGGCAAUAUACCACAAACCCCCGAGGUGCCUUAUUGCUAUUAUAAACUGGUUACCAACAUAAUUAGAGCAGUAAAAAUAAAUGUUUUGUCAUACCCGUGGUAUACAGUCUGAUAUACCAUGGCUUUCAGCCAAUCAGCAUUCAGGGCUCAAACCACCCAGUUUAUAAUGAACUAUUGAUCAUGUUUAUGAAUGCUUGCAUGUGUGUCAGUGUGUGGGGUCCCACUGUAAAUCAACUGUCACUGAAACAUGUACUUACAUAACAUUUAUAUUGUAGGCAGUACUAAUGGCAGUUUAGGUACAUAUUUGUAAAUGUAGUGUGAGGGCAUGUUAUGGAUUUAUGUCCAUUUGUGUUUCCAUUUGGAUGUUUUCUAUUCCGAACUAUCUCUGUGUUUGUGUCUGUGUGGUCUAAGCGAGGUGGGGUUGAUGGAGGAAGGUAAUCCCUGUAAUGUUGAAAUGAAAUUGGGCAGGUCACAUUAUCAGGAAAACCUCCUGACCAUGGCUGUGAUUAUAGAUGGAUGUAACUUGAUUAUAGAUUAAUGCAAUAGGUAUAAUAUGAUUAGGAUUUAUGAAGGAAAGGCUAUAAGGAGAGAAAAUCAAUUUUUGAGUUUGGUGACAGAGCAUCUCUUGCGUCCCUGAGAGAUGAGAAUGCUGUGUCUGUGGGGAGGGGAGGUGUGGGAUUACUGGUGUGUCUUUGGGGUUAUGUGGGGCCCAUUAGCUUGCAGCUGUGUUUAGCAUGAAGAGUGAUGUCAUGACCCUGUAUCUACAUGGAAAUGGACAGGAUAAUCACAACAUAGGGCUUAGCUGAUGAUGUCCUGCAACACCACAGCCUCCAGUGGGACCACAGGUUUUCAGUAUAUCUGUUGAGACCCAGCAUAGCGCCAAAAUCCUCUGUGACACCAUUGUUUGGGUUUUCUCUUAUUCACAAAUAUUGUCCCAACUUUAUAGUGUUUGGGUUGAUUUACAAAUAUUUAGGUCUUGAAGAGGAAAUUUAAAUUUAAAAAAACAGUAUAGGUAAAAUGAUAUAUGUGUGAUAGGUCAAAGGCAAAUCAAAACCAGUGAGGCUGGUUUCAGGCUGAGUCAGACAUUCUAAGGCCUUGCGUCAGGACUACCAUAUGAUUACCACACAGCCACACAGCCUAACAUUCAAUGUGCUUGCCCUGUCAGGAUAGACGUAUGAAAUCUCAAGCUGUUUACUUCAUCCCUGUAGGGGCAGCUAUUCCUGUGGGCAUAGACGUGCAGGUGGAGAGCAUUGACAGUAUAUCUGAAGUCAACAUGGUAAGUGUCGAUAAGUAUCUUUAGCUGUGUGUGUAUGUGACUAACACACCGCCACUCACGCUCAUUCUCACACACAGUGAGACAACCUCUCAUACUCUCCCUCAUUCUAAAGUGGUGGAACUCUGUUCCACUCUAUUGCCCCCAAUUAAAUGUCGGGGAAUAACAGUCAAAACAUAUAUUGAUUUAAAGCUAGAAUCCUUAGUUGCUCUAUACAUUUUUUUUAUACCUGUUAAUUCUUGAAGAAUAUAACUUAUAAAUGCCUCAUAAGUUCAGUCAUACUGUCAUACCCCAUCAGAACCUAAAAUAAUAGAUUGUUUUACUCCAAGGUUUGUAAACAAUGUAAAUGUAAACAAACACUAAUAUAGUGUCAAAACGUGUUUAAAACUAUAAUUCAGAUAUCAUGGAUGGUCAUUCCUUGUAUACAUAGCUCAGUCUAUGAAUUUAAGAGUGGUCACAAUCUCCAGGCCCAUCCCUCAGUUUUUUCCAAAACAGGGCUGGGAUGACCACUUUACUGUUAUGCUAUUGUUUCCACUAAGUUCUGGACUCUAACUUUAAUGGAUCAUUGAUGUUCUGGUCACAAUAAACAUUACCACUGUAAACACUAUUAACCUGCAUGACCCUGUCGCUCGUAACCCUAUAUACAAAUAAUCCACGUGAACCAUUAUUGAGAUAUAAGUCUUACUGCCAUCAUUGCGCAAUUACCCACAUUUUGAUUAUGUGAUAGUUUGUCCAUUGGACCUGAGCGUUGGUUUGUGUUGGUGUGUUUGUAUAGGACUUCACCAUGACUCUGUACCUGAGACACUAUUGGCAGGACGACCGGCUGGCCUUCCCUUCCAGCAGCAACAGGAGCCGGACAUUUGACGCUCGGCUGGUAAAGAAGAUCUGGGUGCCGGAUGUGUUCUUUGUCCACUCCAAGCGUUCCUUCAUCCAUGACACGACCAUGGAAAACAUCAUGUUGAGGGUGUACCCUGAUGGCAACAUUCUCUACAGUGUCAGGUACAAUGAGAAUGUCCUCCUUUAACACAGGGACCAUAAGGCCUUUAGCCUGUAGUGUACUACUCGAUAGUAUUGGUGCUCUGUACACAUAAGAAACAUGGGGGAGUAGUCCAUCUUGUGUCUUUCAGCCUAAAAUAUCCACAAAAAAAGAGGAAGUGCAUCACCUAUCAAAGAGAGUUCUGAUCUCUCUGCCGACCACAUUAUCUUACCACGGACUGUUUUCUGAAACUGCUGUGUUAUUGACUAUGCACUGUGUUUCAGGAUCACUGUGACUGCUCUUUGCGCCAUGGACUUCAGUAGUUUUCCUUUGGACACACAGAAAUGCUCUCUGGAACUGGAGAGCUGUGAGUAUAAAACAAUAAGGCUAUAUGGUUGCCCUGGGUGUGAAAGGAGCAGCAGCUACAGUCAAAUUGAAGUCAGUAAUUUCUCAUCAGAGACAUUCUACCACACUGAUGUUGCAAUUGUCAUGAUUGUGUUAAACCCAACCUCAGGAGGCAGUGCACCUUACCCAGAUUAGAACACAGACACACAGACGAACAGACACACAGACAGACACACACAAAUGAUCGCCGCACGCACACACAUACGCACGCACGCAGAUACGCACACACAGAAAGCAUGGGCCUGGUCUCAGACGAGAGGUGGAAUUAGUGAAUCUCAGUGUCUCCUCUCCUCUGAGGGACAUAGCCCAUGAUUCUUCUAAGAGAGGCCACAUGAAGGAGUCACCUUCUCCCCCUGUUCUCUCCUCUCUUGAAGACGCGUACAAUGAGAAUGACCUCAUGCUCUACUGGAAGAACGGGAACGAUUCAUUAAGGACUGACGAGAUCGUUCUCUCACAGUUUUUUAUUGAAGAAUUCCACCCUUCCUACGGGCUUGCCUUCUACAGCAGCACGGGUAUGUGUGGUUGUGUUGCACCCUGUUGCAUAGGGGCCCACAGUGCUGUUCCUCUGUCCUACUCCUCUGCUACUCAGCUUAUUAUUACGUAAAACUGAUCUGUAAGAGCCAAAGCCAUUAUCCCAAAGCCUCCUCCUUCUGAUUCCACUCUGCCAGUCUGAGGAGAGGGAGAGUUUAGGAGACUUUCCUCCACAGAGUGUCAGUGUGGAAUCCUGCUCAACUUUCAGUAGUUCUAGUGUCCAUUACAUCAUAGCCAUGUGAUGUCCCAUGUGACUAUUAUUUUGACUAGAUGCCCUCCUGUGUUUCAUAAUGAGCUCUGAUUACCCAGAAGGAUGGUGAGUAAACUGUUCCACCAAAAAAGAGAGUUCAGAGCCCUUUUUUAUUUUUUCAUUUUCUCUCUCUCUCUCUCUCUCUCUCUCUCUCUCUCUCUCUCUCUCUCUCUCUCUCUCUCUCUCUCUCUCUCUCUCUCUCUCUCUCUCUCUCUCUCUCUCUCUCUCUCAGGUUGGUAUAACAGGCUCUACAUAAACUUCAUCCUCAGGAGGCACAUCUUCUUCUUCAUGCUGCAGACCUAUUUCCCCACCAUGCUGAUGGUGAUGCUCUCCUGGGUGUCCUUCUGGAUUGACAGGAGGGCUGUGCCAGCCCGAGUCUCACUGGGUACAGUACUGAUACUCUCACUAGUAUGUGGGGAAUCUCCAGAAAAUAAUCUAAGCUUAAAGACUGAGCAGAGACGGCUCUCAAAGCCAUCAUUUUUUGUACAGCAUACU